CAUUACUGCGAAGUUUCUGCCCCCAGUUGCUCGCGCUGGAGGUUCUGCCUACUCGCAGUAAGGCAGACAGAAAAGAGGAAAGAGAGAGAGGAGAGAGAGAGCAGGAAAGAGAAGGAGGAGAGAGAAAGAGAAGAGGAAGAAAAGGGAGAGGUAGAGAGAGGCAGGGCGAGGCAGUAGAGAAGCAGCGGCGUGUUUAUUUCCACCCGGGCGAGUUCUGAGUGUCGAGUUUGCAGCAGCAGCAGCGCUGAGUGUCACUAUGGAUCACCAUUAUGAUGGAGAGGAGAAUGAUUACAUGCAGCAGGAGGACGACUGGGACAGAGACCUGCUGCUGGACCCAGCCUGGGAGAAACAGCAGAGGAAGACGUUUACAGCCUGGUGUAAUUCUCACUUGCGGAAAGCCGGUACUCAGAUCGAGAACAUCGAGGAGGAUUUCAGAGACGGACUCAAACUCAUGCUGCUCCUAGAGGUCAUCUCAGGAGAGCGUCUGGCUAAACCGGAGAGAGGGAAGAUGAGGGUGCAUAAAAUAUCAAAUGUAAACAAAGCGCUCAAUUUCAUCGCCAGCAAAGGAGUCAAACUGGUUUCCAUCGGAGCGGAGGAGAUUGUUGACGGAAACGCUAAGAUGACGCUGGGAAUGAUCUGGACCAUCAUCCUUCGCUUUGCCAUCCAGGACAUUUCAGUGGAAGAAACCUCGGCUAAAGAGGGGCUCCUGCUGUGGUGCCAGAGGAAAACUGCACCGUACAAAAACGUCAACAUCCAGAACUUCCACAUCAGCUGGAAGGAUGGCUUGGGGUUCUGCGCGCUCAUCCACAGACACCGUCCAGAACUCAUCGAUUAUGGCAAACUGCGCAAGGAUGACCCCAUGACCAACUUGAACACAGCGUUUGACGUUGCAGAGAAAUACCUGGACAUCCCGAAGAUGUUGGACGCAGAGGAUAUAGUCGGUACGGCUCGCCCAGAUGAGAAGGCCAUCAUGACCUACGUCUCUAGUUUCUAUCACGCCUUCUCGGGGGCGCAGAAGGCGGAGACGGCAGCCAAUCGGAUCUGCAAGGUGCUGGCCGUCAAUCAGGAGAACGAGCAGUUGAUGGAGGACUAUGAGAAACUGGCCAGUGAUCUGUUGGAGUGGAUCAGAAGAACCAUCCCGUGGUUGGAGAACCGUGUUCCUGAGAGCACCAUGCAGGCCAUGCAGCAGAAGCUGGAGGACUUCCGCGAUUACCGCCGUCAGCACAAACCUCCCAAAGUCCAGGAGAAAUGUCAGCUGGAGAUCAACUUCAACACGCUGCAGACCAAACUGCGCCUCAGCAACCGGCCGGCGUUCAUGCCUUCAGAGGGGAAGAUGGUGUCGGACAUCUCUAACGCGUGGGGGGCGCUAGAGGGAGCAGAGAAGGGCUACGAGGAAUGGCUGCUGAACGAAAUCCGCAGACUAGAGAGACUCGAUCACCUGGCCGAGAAAUUCCGUCAGAAAGCAGCGAUUCAUGAGGCCUGGACUGAGGGUAAGGAGACGAUGCUGACGCAGAAGGAUUAUGAGACGGCGUCUCUGUCAGAGAUUAAAGCUCUGCUGAAGAAACACGAGGCCUUCGAGAGUGACCUCGCCGCCCACCAGGACCGAGUGGAGCAGAUCGCAGCCAUCGCUCAGGAGCUCAAUGAGCUGGAAUAUUAUGACUCUCCGAGCGUGAACGCGCGCUGCCAGAAGAUCUGUGAUCAGUGGGACGCUCUCGGAGCUCUGACUCAGAAACGCAGUGAGGCCUUACAGAGAACGGAGAAGCUGCUGGAGACCAUUGAUCAGCUGUACCUGGAGUUUGCCAAAAGGGCGGCGCCCUUCAACAACUGGAUGGAGGGAGCAAUGGAGGACCUGCAGGACACCUUCAUCGUCCACACAAUCGAGGAGAUACAGGGUUUGAGUACGGCUCACGAGCAGUUCAAAGCUACGCUCCCCGAAGCGGAUAAGGAGCGACAGGCCAUUCUGGGGAUCCACAACGAGAUCGCUAAAAUCGUUCAGACGUACCACGUUAACAUGGCCGGGACCAACCCAUACACCACCAUCAACCCAGCGGAGAUCAACGCCAAGUGGGAAAAGGUGAGGGAGUUGGUGCCUCAGAGGGAUCAGGCUCUAAUAGAGGAACACGCACGGCAGCAGAAUAACGAACGACUGCGCAGACAGUUCGCUACCCAGGCUAACAUCAUCGGACCCUGGAUCCAGACCAAGAUGGAGGAGAUCGGUCGCAUCUCCAUCGAAAUGCACGGCACUCUGGAGGACCAGCUGACCCACCUGCGGCAGUACGAGAAGAGCAUCGUUAACUACAAACCAAAAAUAGACCAGCUGGAGGGAGACCACCAGCAGAUCCAGGAGGCGCUAAUAUUCGACAACAAACACACCAACUACACCAUGGAGCAUAUCCGUGUCGGCUGGGAGCAGCUCCUGACCACCAUCGCCCGGACCAUCAACGAGAUCGAGAACCAGAUCCUGACCCGAGACGCCAAGGGCAUCAGCCAAGAGCAGCUCAACGAGUUCAGAGCUUCAUUCAACCACUUCGACCGGGACCACUCAGGCACUCUGGGCGCUGAGGAGUUCAAAGCGUGCCUCAUCAGUCUGGGCUUCGAUAUCGCCAACGACGCUCAGAAGAGAACAGGCAUGAUGGAUGGCGAAGAUUUCCGCACCUGCCUGAUCUCCAUGGGUUAUAAUAUGGGCGAAGCGGAGUUCGCUCGGAUUAUGAGCAUCGUGGAUCCUAACAGGCUCGGGGUCGUGACCUUUCAGGCCUUCAUCGACUUCAUGUCACGCGAAACAGCGGAUACGGACACGGCUGACCAGGUCAUGGCCUCCUUCAAAGUGCUCGCCGGAGACAAGAAUUACAUCCUGGCGGAGGAGCUGAGGCGCGAGCUCCCUCCGGAUCAGGCCGAGUACUGCAUCAGCCGCAUGGCGCCGUACACCGGCCCCGACGCCGUCCCCGGAGCGCUCGACUACAUGUCCUUCUCCACCGCUCUGUACGGAGAGAGCGACCUCUGAACCCUGACCUCUGACCCUAGGGGUCAGCCUGCCUUCGCCUGAUCUCUCACACUCACACACACACACACUCACACACAGCCUCUGCUCUGCGGCCGCUGAACUGGAGUGACCGGUCAGCGCUGACCCAAGACCAGUAUAUAUACUAUACCAGUGUAUACUGGUAACCAUGGCAACAGUGAGGGCAGAAAUAUGUUAUAGCUACAUAAGUUAAAUGAUACAGACAGAACAACACUGUUCACUCUCAGGGCCAGACGUGCCCUCGCGGCCCUCGUUAUCGUCUCACUCGCUCUGUUUUAUUAGCUGGAAUGAAGAGACACUUCUGUAGAAUGUUUUGGUGGGAACUUCGUUUCAUUUCCUGUUCUGUCUCUUGUUGACGGCUGCGCAGUUGUGCUGCACCUCUUAAACCCUGUGAGCAGUCAGUUUGGGCUGUUUGUGCAACAAAGCCGCAGAAUAAGUAAAUCCAAAGUUCAAUUCAGUGAAAGUAAUGCCUACACAUACUGGCCUUUUUAUCGGAAACACCUACCACAUAGGGGCACGUGACUAAACCUUCAACGUGCCCCAUAUGGUAGGAGUUCCCAAUAUAAAGGCCAGCCGUCCAUCUGUCCAGUAUAUUAGAAAUAGCUGCCUACACUGACUGGCCUUUUUAUUGGAAACACCUACCAUAUAUGGACACGUUGUAGGUUUACAUUCAUAGACAGUUUCUGACCACGGAGCCACUUUUGGCUGGAUAUUUUUGGGUGGUGGGCCACUCUGGACCUUGCAGUGACACCGACGAUUGUCACUUAAAUAUGGCAUUUUUUGGCAAAUUUUUGUGCACGAUUUCUAUUUAUUUGUUUAGCGUAACAUAUUGGGAAACAAUAAAAUAUAAAAUAUAACCGUUGCAAAGGCCACAGGGGUUUCCAAUAAAGUGGCCACUCAGUGUGCAGUAUCACUCAUGUACGUAUACUGUGUUUCUCGGUUUCACUGUUGCCAUGGUUACAGCCCUUUCUGUUUUUUAAAGGGCAGCCUGGUCAGUCUGACCUUUGACCUCAGAUCAGCCGGCCGGAGCAGCUUCUACCAGCAUGGCUCAAUGAUGCUCAAUUUUUUUGUACGCUCCUUUUUACCCCUCUCCCCCCUGAACCCCCCCCCUUACCAUGUGUGUGUGCGUCAUAUACCGACUUCUUGCUCUGUCCGUUUUAUCGCUUCUGCAGCACCGAAAAGCUUCCUCAGCUUUUUUACUCGGAGGAGAGAGAGAAAAAAAUCCUUUCAGUUUUUACUUAAUAUGUUGUUUUUUUCUCUUCAUAAAAAAAAAAAUAAAGUUAACAUAUUUUAUUAUACAGAACAAAAAAGGUAUUUUUCUUCACCUGGUUAAAAAACUGAAAAAAAGUAAGAAAAAUUAAAUAAAGGAAGAAAAUGGCAAA